AUGGAGUUCAAUUUCGUUUCUCCGACCAACACGGUGAUAGGCACAAAUGAUACUACAAUAGAAUACGAAGAUGCAGAUGACCCUGAUGCAGUUACCUUAUUAUCAAUAUUAGUAGUUGGUAUAUUUCUCUCUCUCCUAAUAUUUGUCAGUGCAGCUGGCAAUAUCCUCGUCUGUAUUGCGAUUUACACGGAUCGGGGUUUGAGAAGAAUAGGAAAUUUGUUCCUUGCUUCCCUGGCGAUUGCGGAUAUGCUGGUUGCUGCUGCUGUGAUGACUUUCGCUGGUGUAAACGAUUUGCUUGGGUACUGGGUUUUCGGUGAGCAGUUUUGCGAUACGUGGGUAGCUUGUGACGUCAUGUGUUCUACGGCGUCCAUAUUGAAUCUCUGUGCCAUAUCACUGGAUAGAUACAUUCACAUUAAGGAUCCUUUGAGAUACGGUCGCUGGGUGACGCGUCGUGUAGCCAUUAUCACCAUAAUACUGAUCUGGCUGUUAGCCGUCAUGGUUAGCUUUCUUCCGAUAUCGUUGGGACUCCAUCGACCCCCAGACGAGACAGUAACAACGACCGAACGACCCCCAAGAUAUCCCACUUGUGCGCUCGUCCUCACCCCAACGUAUGCUGUAGUGUCAAGCUGUAUAUCGUUUAUUCUACCGUGCAUAGUGAUGAUUAGUAUAUACUGCAGAUUAUACUGUUACGCUCAAAAGCACGUGAAAUCGAUCCGGGCGGUGACCCGGACAGUCCAGCUGCCGGACAACCGGACGAAAUCCGUCCGGACUAGAGUCCACACCCAUGUCCACUCGUCUCCGUACCAUGUGUCAGAUCACAAAGCGGCAAUAACUGUUGGCAUCAUCAUGGGAGUCUUCCUGCUAUGCUGGGUUCCUUUCUUCUGCGUGAACAUCGUCGCUGCAUUUUGCAAGACAUGCAUACCAGAUCUUGCUUUCAAAAUCCUCACGUGGCUUGGCUACUCCAAUUCCGCGUUCAACCCCAUCAUCUACUCGAUAUUCAAUACGGAGUUCCGCGAAGCCUUCAAAAAGAUUCUCACAUCCAAGUAUCCUCCGUGCUGCGGAUAUCAAACUGUUCGCGCGAACACACCAACGAGAAAUGACAACUUUGUCACAGAUUAUGGAACGAAAACGCUAGUGGUAAGAAGAAGUGGGUCACUGGGGCUCUCUGGGGUAGAUCCAACGCCGAGGUCGUCCGCGGAGUCUGUGAGACCGCUGCGAGACUACCACAUCUGA